AGCGAGAGGCCGUCAGGUGGCCAGGGAAGCAAGCAAGCGCGGAGCGCAAUCAAUAAGUUCGCAGAACGCGGCGCGGCAGUGCCUCGUACGCGGCAGCUCCGGCUGAAGUUUCAGUCGGACGCAUAGUCACGUCGAAAACUGGUGAAAUUCAUUCGUUCAGUUCACUUGUUUCCUUGUGCGCGGUAUCCUGCGUUAUUCCGAGUCAUUGUCGUUGUUGUUGCGAGGAAUGGUGAACUUACAGCAAGCGGCAAAAUGGCGACGUGUGGUACGAAACAAAUGACUUUUGCGUGAACAGUUGCAUCGUGUAAAUUUAACAGUUGGUCAUGUAAAUUCAGCUUCGAAGCCUGAAAUAUAAAAACUAAACUUCAAAAAGUCUUGUGACGAAUGAACUGGUUCCGUACAACGUUACUUGUGUCUAGAACAAUCAACUUUCAUGAAAACUCAUUCUUCUUUUAUCGAAACAGUUUUUCUAAUUCAAAGAAAAAGAAGUGGCUAGCACAGACUUGGCCGGCAUAAUUGAAUCAAUAUGGAAAAAAUUGUUUACAUUUAUCGAAUGGAUUACUCGUAUUGAAGGUUCGCGAGUAGUGUCCGCCGUUUUUUAGUUGAGUGACAAUUGCAUCGAUCGAUGCCGGCUUCGAUGGCUUGACAAACAUUCGUAACAAUUAACGCGAUCAUGCAUUUAUAUUUUGAAAAAGAUAACAAUGCCAGGUGCGACUGCAACAUCUUGUCGCUGAGCUGGAUGGGCAAGGUGCCGGACGAAUCACCAGAGGACGAAGGAUGGAAACUGGAUCGUACAAAUUACUAUCAGGAAGGAUGGUUGGCCACUGGUAAUGCUCGUGGUCUGGUAGGAGUGACUUUUACAACGUCCCAUUGUCGAACAAGAACUACGGAACUUCCACUAAGGGCAAAUUACAAUCUCCGAGGCCAUCGUAGCGAGGUAAUACUAGUGAAAUGGAACGAACCAUACCAGAAGUUAGCCUCCUGCGAUAGUUCCGGCGUGAUUUUUGUGUGGAUUAAAUACGAGGGCAGGUGGAGUAUAGAACUGAUCAACGAUAGGAGCACUCCAGUUACACAUUUCUCGUGGUCACAUGAUGGACGAAUGGCUCUUAUAUGCUACAGGGACGGUUUCGUAUUAGUUGGUAGCGUUGCUGGUCAAAGAUAUUGGUCAUCAAUGUUGAAUGACAAAGCUACCAUUACCUGUGGUAUUUGGACACCAGACGAUCAACAGGUAUAUUUCGGAACAACAGCCGGACAAUUAAUAGUAAUGGAUGUACACGGUGCGAUGGUGUCCGAGGUACAAUUGGCAGCUGGUGUUACCUCGAUGGCUUGGAGUGCCGAGAAAUUUACGAUGGAAGAAGGAGACGACGAUUUAACCAACGACAGAUCUCACAAAGACGAUCGAAAUUACGUGCUGGCGGUUUGCCUGGCCGACGGGAAUAUUGUAAUGCUACGUUCAUUCGAUGAUGUCUCGCCUAUCACGAUACGUUCAAAUCUAAAAGCCCCGCUGCACGCAGAAUGGAGCAAUUCGAAGAAAUUGUUAGCAAUCGCUGGGACAAGAGAUUCGGAUAACAGUCAAAAUAGCCUGCACGAAUAUACAAAUAUUUUAAAAUUUUAUUCAGUAACUGGCACCCUUGUGUACACCGCUGUUAUUCCAUACACACAAAGUCCAGUAUCAGCGCUCACGUGGGGUCAUAAUGACAGACGACUUUUUGUCGCGACCGGAGCACGCAUUCACGCAGCAUGGGUGUCAAGACGAGUAGGUUCGCUGCAAUUGUUGUCUCGUUUAGCUGUGAGAGCGUCUUUGACAAGGGAAUCUAGUGUUCAACAACUUCCAUUACCACCACGAUUAAGAGCCUCGGUAGCUGCCCUCUUUGCUAGUACGAUAAGAUGUUCCGUUCCAGAACCAAGGGAACUAAGGCGUUUUGUAUCGCGCCCACCUCCAGGCGGUGGAAGAUUACAUUGUACCAUGCUUAGACAUGCCGUAGAACCGGUACCAUGUUAUACAUUGUAUUUAGAAUAUCUGGGUGGUCUAGUCCCUCUUUUAAAAGGUAGAAGGACAAGUAAAAUCAGACCAGAAUUCGUGAUAUUCGAUCCACAAAGUCAAGAUACCAUUCAAAUUGUGGAAGAUACGUCACAGUGCCCGUCAUUUAGUGAUGGAUCCGAUACAGAAAAGGAUACAGCUGAUCUAUGUGGAUCGCCCAGAAACAAAAGAAAAAGUAGGAGAAAAAGGGAAGAAAAAUCGAACGAGGAAACCGACGAUCUUACUUACGUGGAUACCUUGCCUGAGCAUGCAAGGCUAGUCGAAGUAACGUCCAAUAUCUGGGGCACGAAAUUCAAGUUUCACGGACUGGCAGAUUCGGUGCCCGCCAAUUUGGGUCAGGUUACUUAUCGAACGUCAUUACUACAUUUACAACCACGACAAAUGACUUUAGUAAUGACAGAGUUACGAGACGAUGUACCUGCAGGCCCAGAUCCAACAUUUAAUCCUAACUUAUUCUCCGAAGAUGAGGAAGAAUCGUUCCAAGAAUUUCAAGCUACCUCGAGAAGUACGUCCGAAGCGCAACCUCCUCCGAUUGCACCAAUGACACCCCGUAAUGCGCGACUCAAUUCUAAUCGCCCGAAAUCUCAAAUUUCCAAUCAAUUUAUGGCCAGCGAGCCCUUAUCAACCGCUUUGUCCAGAGUUGAAAAUUUCGAAAACGAAUUACCUUAUGUGGAUCUACAAGAAAUCGGUAAUCUAUAUGAGAACUUAAGAACCGCUCCAACAAAUACUUAUCGAACUCCACUGAGGCAUAAUCCACCAAGAUGUUGUGAUGUACCGGCUCUUCAAUCUCCAAAAAAUGCGGUUGCUCCCACACAAACUAUAAUCGCGACAUCGAACACGGGAACCGAUUACACGAAUAACAUUCAAAGAAUGAAAACCGCUCUUGCAGAUCAACCGGGACUCGUAUCGAAGAAGGAAUUCGAGAAUAACAAAUUUAAUCAAAUUUCUCAGGACGAUAAAGCUGUUCUGACGUCUUGUUCAUCGACUAUCAUCCCUAUGCCGAUACACAAUGGACAAGCCUCAAAUACAGAAGCAUCGAGCAGUCUUGGUUGUUCUCAAGGAGGUGCCAUCGUUAACAAUUUGAACAUAAACAAUAGCUGUCCUCCUCAGUCGCAGACGAUAUUUCUCAAUGGCAUACACAAUAUCGCAUGUUCGAGUAAUUUGAAUGGAAUUCAGUGUAAAAAUAAUCAUAAUGUCAAUAGUGCGACGAAUAUUAGUCAAACAUCUUGUCAGAUGAACUUGAACAAUCAACACGGAACGAAUAAUGGUCUUUUUAGUAAAAAUAGUAUACACUUGUCCAACAAUCAUUCACCAGCCUGUUCUUAUCAAUUUCCAGAAAACAUCGAUCAAUGUAUCGGACAAACUUGCUCAUGUUGUACUACAAAACUAAAAGAUUCCGUAAAAUCUCACUCAGAAUUGUGCAGUAAAAUGAACGCUAGUCAAUCGAGCAGUUGCAGUUCUACAACUAGUCGGAUCGAUGAAAUGCGCUUCAUCGAUGAAGAAAGUCGCGGCGAAGCCGAAGCAUUCGAGCAGUCGCGAGGAGUUCAUAGAACGCAAACGGUUGUCAGUAUCGGCCCACUCUGCGUCAAUGAUAGUAUAGUCAGAAGUUGCAGUGUUGGUUAUUUAGAUAUGGUGGAUGCACAACUAGCUCCUUGUGAUAUUGCUUUAAAAAUGCUUAGAAAAGAAGCACCUAACAAGCGAUUGGUCUUGGUAUCGAGGAAAACGAAGAGAAGAAAAAAAAAUAAAACUCAGCAAGAGGUUGGGCAGCAAUCUUCAAAGUCACCAAGGCUUCGUAAUUGUGGCAAAUCCAAAAGUUUAGACUCUAGUGAUAUAUUUCCGGCUAAUGAACAAAUAGCUUUGCCACCAAAGUUGCCUGAACACGCUGAAGAAGCAUCAGGAACUAUGAAUCUUGAGGCUAUCGAAGACAAAAGUAAUGAAUCUUUGGAGAAAUCGCCAGACGCGAUGCCUAGUGAAUGUUCAAUACACAUUACAGCCUCCAGUGUGAUUAAUUCUGCUCAAAUUAAAUCUACUCGACUGAAAACUUGUAAUUCUCCUCUUAGAGGAUCUAGUCCAAGUGGUUCAUUGGCAUCAUCCUUAGAUGGUCUUGCAGCUCGACUUCGAGAUUUUGAUGAAAGUCAUUCUUUGCCACCACCAUCACCUCGUCCAUCUACCAGAUUACCCAGAAGUUCUCCCAGUAGUCCAGCACCUUCGAAGAAAGGUAAAAGGCCGGCAUCCGCUUCGCCAAUUAGAAGAAGACUUUUAUCGAGUCCUUUAUUAAGUAGAAAAACACGAAAAAGUCGAGGCGAAAGUUCAGACGAGGAAGGACUUUUACAAGAUGAUUCAUCAACAAACUAUAGGAAUCUUGAGACUUUCCAGAAAGCACAAUUAAGACAAAAGUUGAAGCAGAAAGGAGCAGGGAUAUCUAGUCACAAAUCAGAAGCAGUGAGAAGGGAACUUGUGAUGCAUAAUAAAGCACCUAUGUGGAACGAAUCUAGCCAGGUAUAUCAGCUUGACUUUGGUGGCAGAGUAACCCAGGAAAGUGCUAAAAACUUUCAAAUAGAAUUCAAAGGCCGGCAGGUUAUGCAAUUUGGAAGAAUAGAUGGGAAUGCCUACACAUUGGAUUUUCAAUAUCCUUUCAGCGCUUUACAAGCAUUUGCUGUUGCAUUAGCCAAUGUUACACAACGACUCAAAUAAUCGUUAGUCACUGGUUUAUGUCUGACAUUGUAAAAGUAAAUAUCCACCAAAGAUACUCAGAACGUAUGCUGUAAUUACAUAACUUAUUCGUCCAAAUUAAACUUAAAAAAAAUAGCACAGACUAAAUCUGCUAGAAAGACAAUAUGCUACACAUAGUAAAAAUAAAAUACAGACAACACUUUUAAAUACAGCUUUCGAACAUGUUAUAGGGCCACAUGUCUUUCUAUUAUUAAUACUACUAGUGAUGAGCUAGAACAAAUGAUGUAAAUGGACAAGCUUUCAGCCAAUUAUCACCAGGAUACAGAGAUUUUUUUUUACCAAAAUCUCAAUAUUAAAAAGAAUACAUAGCGCCUUGUAAUGCGACAAAAAUACAUAAAAAGGAACUUUUAAAAAAAGGAAGAAGAAGAAAAGAAGAAGAAGAAGAAAGAAACUUAAAACUUCCCGGAGGCCUUACGCGAAAGCCUCUCGAAUCAACGCUUCAAACUAAAAUAGGCACACAACACGAUACGUCAGUUCACAGUUCACUUUUUAAUAAAUGAACAGUUAAGAGCGAUUUGAAUUUGAGCGGAACACAAAAAUUUUGUGGCAAGAAUCCGUGAUAAAAAAAGAUAAGAUUUUGUUGAAAUGCUUCGUCGUACCGUCCAAAAUAUUUCGUUUCUCCCAACUUCGAACGUUCAUUUUUGUAUAGUUUAUGCGACACGUUGGAGUCUAGUAAUGCUGUUGAAAGUUCACCUCGUUCAUUUUUUCGGUCCGCCGAGUAUAUUCGAAUUUUAUAUACAUAUAUAUUGAUGAACUCGCAUAACCAUGCGAGAAUUUCAUGUUGUUCGAUUAAAUAUUUCUUAAGGCGUAAUAUAAAAAUAAAAAAAAAAAAUGAAAAAAAGAAAAAAAUGAAAAAUUAAUGAUAAAGUUAAAUACAACGUCCAACCUGUGUUCGUCCUCGUCGAAACAGGGCAGACGAAGAGAAUAAAAUGAACAAAAGGGGAAAAAAAUUAAAUGAAUGUAACCAGUUGGUGCAAAAGAAAAAAGUAUCGUCUAUAUAUCAGUGUGUGUACGCAUCAAACUAACUGUCGUCUGUACUUUAUUCAUGGUCAUUGUAUUUCAUUCGCCUAAUUAUAAGUGACAUAAACAAGAAAA